UCAAUAUGGGCCACCCCCCAGCCCUGAGUGCACAGCACACACUCGGUGUCGGCGUGGCGGGGGAAGAGCUGGCAGGUGCUGCCGGCAAGAGCGGGAAUCACCGACAGGAGGUGAAUGUUGGAGCUGGCAUUGAGAUUGCAGUAGAGCCAUGAAACGUCUCACUUGUGCAAUGUCAUACAAAUCAGUUCUCAGGCCAACAAGUCGACUGGACAGAGCUGUGUGGCGGGAUGUGCUCCCCUGGCUGGGAGGGCAGCUCCUGAGAUCCAUCCCCACACGAUCUCACCCAGACCGUGAGGUCACAGCGGGGCUGUGAGUUCACAGAGCCCCGUGGUCCCACAGCACCAUAAUGACCAACUACUCAGUCCCUGACCACAACUGCUGUGGCAGCGGCGGCCCAUCUGGUGACAUUUGAACUGAGAUUACUGGACAGCAAUUACAGGACAGCGGUGUCAGCACAGGGGUGUCAGGACAGCGGCGGCAGCAGUAGCUGCCGGACGGUGUGAGGGCGAGGGGCCAUGGCCCUUGCUCUCCGCCUCUUCCUCCUCCUCCUCCUGGCAGUGGCCCUGCACGCCAGGGCUGCCCAGGCUGCUCCGGUGCCAGCGCGGGGAGCAGAUGGGGAUCGUGACUUUGAUUAUCUAGAAAUUCUUGUGGAUGAUGCUUUGAAGUUCCUGGAGCAACCUGGAGCCAAGCCUGGGGGUGACGGUGAUCAGGAACCCGGAGUGGGGCCCAGGACUGAGCCUCCGGAAGGUCGUGUGGGUCCUCCAAGAGGCAAGAACCCAGCUGAAGAGAAAAAGUCUCAGGAGUCACUCGAAGCCCUAAGACAAAUCCUGAAGGAAAUGCUGCAGAAACAGAGAGAGAUGGACCAAGAGGCUGUUCACAAGUUAAUGUUCCCUGAAGGAAGCAGUGGCUCCGUGCCAGGCUCUGCUGCGGGCAGGGAGGCGAUGCCAGGCACGGGCACACGGGAUGCAGCUGGUGCCACAAUAAAUGCUCCCAAGAUCCAGGAGAGCAUUGGUAGAGGUUUCUGUUCAGGAGCGCGAUGUUUAGCUGUGAUAAUGGCAAGUGUGUUGGGCUGGCAGCUUGUCAUCAUGUUGUGCUGUGCUGGAAUCUGGUACUGGUGGGAAAGAAAACGGCUCCUCUCUGCUCCUGCUCCAGCCCAGCAAAACACCUCGGUUAGGAGGAAGCAGAUCUUCCAUCUCAGCUCUCCCAGCCUAUACCCGGCUAUGCUGCCGCAGCUGCAGAACCUCCAGGUCCAGGAGCCACCCAAACGAGCCCCUCUGCCCCUGAGCCCCCUGGUCCUGCACUCCAACCAGGUCUGAAUGUGGGCCCCCCACCAGGGUAGGGGUUGGCCCACCUCUUAUGUACAAAUAAAGAGAGUUUGAGCCCUCA